AUGAAUAAACAAGAAAGAGAAAAUGUUAAGUAACGUAUCGAAGAAAGAAUAUUUUAGAUCAAAUUAAAAAACACAUAACAUGUACUGUCAUAUAGAUGAUUAAUAAAUAGGAAGUGGUAAUUGGAAAAAAUGCCAAUUUUACAAAAAUAAUUGAAUAAGAAUAUGCAACCAAAUAUUUGGAAAGCUUAGGAAUCGAAGCUAAUCAAAAAAAUAUCUAGAUGAUCUUAAAGAAUUAUCCUUUGAAUAGAUGUGAAAUAACAGGUGGAUGGAAUAGUAAUAUUAUAUAAUUAUUAUAGCAUCUGGAUUAUAUGCUGAUACUAUUAACAUAGUAGUUAGAUAAAAGAAGAAGAAUAUAGAGAUACCCUAGGGUUAAAAAGAUAAAGAUGUUUUGGAUGAGGUUUAGAAGGAGUAGGAUCUGAAGAAAAUAACAAUUAAAAAGAGUGAACAAGAAUAGGAUUAAUAGUUAACACAAUAAUAAUUGGCAUUGCAAUAAAAAAAUGAAGUUGAAUAAUAGAAAGAAUUAUUGGAAAGGGAGGAAGAAAAGAAAAUUAAAUUUAAGUUGGAUUUCUCAAUUGAGUAGAUCAAAUACAAAUACUUAUUUCCAUUUAAUCAGACUUUUUAAAGAAAAUAGAAUUAGAAUAUGGUCAAUUAGGACAGACUAGAAUUUCAAUAAAAUGAUGAAACACACUCAGAACAUGAUAAAUUUUUGGUGUUUGAGAGCAAAAUAUUUUAAUUGCCAUUUAUUCAUAUAGAAAUUCCAGCUCCUCUAUUGAAGGAUGUACAGAGACCUCCAAAUAUCAAACCAGAAGAUAUUGAAAAAGUCUUAAAAUAAAUAGAUAAAUUGUUUCCUAAAAGUAUCUUCCCAAUAAAGGCAAGUGCUAAGAGUUAAGAGAAAUAACAGUAAUAAUAAUAACAAAUAAAUAAAGAAAAAGUAAAUGACGAUGUAGAAACACGAUAUAUAGUAUUUGAGAAAUAUUAGGUUGAUAAUGUAUUUUAAUUGAUUCAGAAAAGUGAGAUGGUAAAAUUGAUUGGAUUGUUCCUUCAUUUAUCUUAUUGGUUAGUGUUUGGUGUAACAUUACCAAUUUAAAUAUAAACACUAACCAAAAAGUAAAUGUAUAUAUAAAUGAUGGAAAUCAUUGAGUCAUUUCAAUCAUUUUAUGCUCCUAAAUUGUGGAUGCAUUUAGUUAUGCCUAUGAUAUUGGUUUCAUUGAAGAUGGCUACUGAAUAUUUAUACAAAAAUCAUUACAUAAUAUUUUUUGAGAAACCCAGAACAGAAAUAAACACACCAGGUAAUAUAGCAAUGGAUAAAAUCUUUCAUUUUGCUGAUAGAUUAUUUGAUUAGAAUAACUUAUUUUGCAGAUUCAUAUUUUUAGAGAGCAGCAAAUAAAAAAAGAUAGGUAAUGAUGCUAAAUUUAUGCAUAAAAGAAUAUUUGGUGUUUCACCUUAUUUAGAUAUCAUGAUUUAGAAUCCAUAAAACAGUAGAACUAGAGCCAUCAUAGCUAAGCAAAGGGAUAUAGACAGUAUUUCUAUUUUAUUAAGUUUUUAGUAAGAGAUAAAAUAUUAACAAUAGGUGAGAAGAAAUUGACUCAAACAAUGCCACCCAUCUUGAGAUAAUAAAGUACAAAGGAAGAAAAGGACAAAAUAGAGAUAGCUUAGAAAGCUAAAAUAUUUAGUGUCGUCUUAAGUAGAAUGUAGUAAGACUUCGAGAAAGUAUUGAAAGAGAAGGAAGUCUUAAAGCUGAAAUAAAUUCAAUGUUGA